AUGCUAGCCUCCAUUCCCAUGCCAGUAAGUGCACCCCCUCCUCCACCUCCUUCGGGAGCUAAUGAAGCAUGGGAAAAAGCUCAACAAGCUUUGAAGAAGAUUUCUCCGAAGAAGCCUAUGAAACAUCAACAACCAACUCCUCUUGCUCCACCACCAAAUGCGCACGCGCUUAUGGUGCAGUACUAUCCGUGGAUGGCUCAAUCAUAUGGUAUGCAGUAUCCUCCGCCUCCGACCUAUUCCACGGGGUAUCAGCAGCCGCAGCAGAACUUUGCACAAUUACCGUCAACGAACAACCAGCCUUGGAAUAAUAAUCAGAAGAUGUGGAACAACCAAAAACAGUGGAACAAACGACCGCAGCAACAGCAGAAGCAGCCGCAAACUCAAGCAAAGAAGUUCACUCCUUUUGCUUUGGCACCCAGAGUUGCAACGCAGAAGACAUUCCUACAACCGGCACAGCCCGCCGUGAAUAAUUUAGCGCCGGGCGGACUUGGUGUGAUGCCAGAGAAUGUGAAGUAUGUCGCGUUUAUAUGUUUUUGAAA